AUGGCGAAGAAAACAGCAAGCCAACAAAGCACAGGAGGCAAUCCAGUGCCACAUUGGUUCAACAGAGAAAAAGACGCACAAAACCUGAUUAACGAAAAUGAUAAGCAAAACAUCGCCGUUCCAUUCUUUUGUUUGGAAAACAUAUUAGCAGCCACAGAUGAUUUCUCAGAUGUAAAUAAGCUUGGACAAGGAGGUUUUGGUCCUGUUUAUAAGGGUAUAUUUUCAGAUGGACAAGAAAUUGCUGUGAAAAGGCUGUCAACCCAAUCUAGACAGGGCAUUGACGAAUUCAGGAACGAAGUCAUACUGAUCUCGAAACUUCAACAUAGAAAUCUAGUCAGACUUUUAGGCUACUGUAUCACAGGGUAUGAACAGAUUCUACUUUACAAGUAUAUGUCAAACAAAAGUCUAGACUCCUUCAUAUUCGAUCCAACACUUAGCAAGUCAUUGAAAUGGAAAAAGCGAUUUGAGAUCAUAUUAGGAAUUUCUCGAGGGCUUCUCUAUCUUCAUGAAGACUCAAGGCUCAGAAUCAUUCAUAGAGAUCUGAAAACAAGUAACAUUCUUUUGGAUCAACAAAUGAACCCAAAAAUAUCAGACUUUGGCUUGGCAAGGAUAGUUGAAGAGCAAACGACAGAAACUAGUAAUUAA